AUGAUGUCAUCUGAUGAGGAAGAACCUUUUAUGUCAUCAGGUAGUGAAUAUGUGCCAUCUGAUAGCGAUCAGCCUAGUACUAGCCGAGGAAAAACCAGAAAAAUUAAAAAACAAACGAAAAAACGCAAGAAACUUGAAAAUACUCCUUUGAAUAAUCCGAAUUUGACACCAGUUGUAAACAGGCCUAGUUUACCAGCCAAUGUAAGUACUCCUUGUAGAAAGAAAGGGAAAAAAAGAAUACGAAACGAGGCAUUAUGGCAAAGAAAUAUAAGGAAAGUGAGAAUGGCAAAAGGUGAAGCGUACACUACCGUGAAAAGUGGAAAAUUAUUACCAGAGAGAAAAGUGGGUAAUGAUUGCGGUUGUCGUCGCAAAUGUUUUUCAAAGAUCAGUACCGAAAAAAGAAACCAAGUUUUACAGGACUCUAAUGGCUUAGCUAGUAAGGAAAAGCAAGACCUAUACUUGGGUGGCCUAAUCCGGGUAGACAAGGUGGCAAGAAAAAGAUUGAGAACAGGAACCGGCAAAGCAAAGACUGUGACUUUCCAUUACAAGGUAGGAUAA